AUGGCAUCACCUUCCCUCACAAACCAUAUCUCUGCCAACAUAAUUCUAUAUGGUUAUUUGGUUAAGUGUGUUGUUGGUGCCUCUAUUUUGAUGUUGUUCUUUGGUUCACUUUGUUAUUGGUUGCUAGUAGCUCGCAGGUCUCGUCAAGGCAAAGGCUCUGCAAGUGAAUCAACUAGUUCUUCUUGCAGAGUGUUUACAUUCCAAGAGCUCCAACAAGCAACAAACAAUUUUCAAGAGUGUUUUCUCCUUGGCAAUGGUGGGUUUGGUAAAGUCUACAAGGGAAAACUUGAAAAUGGGACAGAAGUAGCAGUUAAAAGAGCCAACCCUGAAUCAAAACAAGGCUUGACCGAGUUCCAAAACGAGAUUGGUUUGUUAUCAAAACUUCAACACCCUCAUAUUGUGUCUCUUAUAGGCUACUGCCACGAAGGAGAGGAAAUGGUUAUCGUGUAUGAGUACAUGGCCAAUGGCCCUUUGAGCAAAUGGCUCUACGAACCAAACGAGGCACCACUCUCGUGGAAGCAGCGACUUGAAAUUUGCAUUGGAGCUGCUAGAGGGCUUCACCAUCUUCACACUGCCACUGCUGAAGGCAUAAUUCAUAGAGAUGUGAAAACUGACAACAUUCUCUUGGAUGGGAACUUUGUUGCCAAAGUAUCAGACUUUGGCAUCUCAGAAAACGGGCCUUCUUCUCUAGAUGAGAGCCAUGUUGUGAUUAGUGUGAAGGGCACUUUUGGUUACAUAGAUCCUGAGUACUUCAGAAGUAGCCAUCUAACUGAAAAAUCAGAUGUGUAUUCAUUUGGGGUGGUUCUGACAGAAGUAAUCUCUGGUAGGCCUGCUUUAGACCAUAGUCUUCCAACAGAGAAAAUCAGUUUAGCAUCAUGGGCAUUGGAUUCUGAACUAAAUGGUAUCAUAGACCCAAAUCUGGUUGGCAAAGUGAGAGUUUCUUCUCUUGAAAAGGUGUGGGGAGUGGCUAAAAGGUGCCUAGCUGAGAAUGGGAUCAAGAGACCACCAAUGGGUUUUGUCUUGUGCUGUUUAGAAGAUGCUCUCCAUCUUCAACUCACCAACAUAAAAAAUGAGAAAACUUCGUUUUUAGAUUGCAAUUUGCAACAUAAUGACAGAAGUGUUACAAGUAUUGGUCUUUGA